AGGCACCAGACCGGACUGGGUAUGAACUGUCUUCUCAGUCCAAAGUACAAACACUCCGGACCGGGUCUCACCAGCCCUCAGGAGUUCAACCAGUGGCUUCCUUACCGCCACGAUGCCAGUUUACUGCCCAUGAAAGAAGACCUGGCCAACUGGUUCAACACCACAAUGGGUGUGGAGCUCACAGCAGACAGUCUGAUGGAGAGGUUAGAUAACGGUGUUCUCCUCUGUCAGAUGGCACAGCUGCUCCAGGAGAAGAUGAUCCACGGCAACAGUGGCAAGCCCUUUGUUAGGAGAGUGAUCCACUGGCGAGCUGAUGCAACCUCUGGAUCGUUUUUCGCCCGGGACAACACAGCCAACUUCCUUUACUGGUGUCGAAAGAUUGGCGUUGAUGAGGCUUACCUGUUUGAGUCAGAGGAUUUGGUUCUCCACAAGCAGCCUCGCGAGGUGUGUCUGUGCCUGAUGGAGCUGGGACGGAUCGCAGCCAGGUACGGAGUGGAGCCUCCAGGCCUGGUGAAGUUGGAGAGGGAGAUAGAGAGGGAGGAGAGGGAGGAGAGGGGCUGCUUAUCUCCAUCGUCCCCUCUGCCAUUCUUCUUUUUUCCCACUACAUUAUUGUAUUCACCAUCCCAGUCAUCCCUGCCCUCGGCCCCCUCUCCUCCUCCUCCUCCUCCUCCUCCUCCUCCUCCUCCUCCUCCUCCUCCUCCUCCUCCUCCUCCUCCUCCUCCUCCUCCACCUGUGCCACUCACUCCAACUACGACCUGUUUGUUCGAGCCACUCGCCGCAUCCCUCGCCUCUGAUCUUCCAUCAACAAACCCAGUGCCUACGUGUUCAUCCCCCUCUCCGCCCUGCACCUCAGCCUCUCACCCUUGUACAACCACAGCCUCAACACAAACACCUUUGUUCUCUUCAUCCCGCUCCACUAACGCACCUGCUUCGACGCCGCUGUCAGCGCCCUCGCCAGGACAAACCCUUGUACCCACCGCCAAAGCUCCAGUAAACAACGACCCGCCAACAGUGACGCCCCCAAUCAGCUCCCCACCUGCAGCCCCGACUCCUCGGUCCUCUGGCAAAUCCACGUGCAGGAGGAGCGCAGGCACCAACAACAUAUUGGAUGAUAUUGUGAGGAACAUUAUUGAGAAUCCGCCCUGCAGCUGUCCGACCAGGUUCCUGGUGGAGAAGCAACCUAAAGGCUGCUACCGCAUUGGAGAAAAAAUUCUGUAUAUACGCAUGCUGAAUGAGCGUCAUGUGAUGGUGCGUGUAGGCGGCGGCUGGGAGACCUUUCUAAGUUACCUGCAGAAACACGACCCCUGCAGAGGAGGACCGGCCGGCAGGUCUGAGGUCAGGGCCUGUCGGUACAAGGCCAAGUCGCCCAGUUUGAACAUCUCACCUGACAGCUACAUGGUGGUCGGCGCACAUUACCGCAGCAAGAAGUAG